UUUCGCCUCGCACUCUUCCAAGGCCGCGAAUGGGGACGACACUGUCGCGCAAGGUUGGUCGGUUCUGGACACGGAACGACCGCCGCGUGCUUCUCGUGGGUCUCGACUCGGCAGGGAAGACUACCAUCUUGUACCAUCUCCGACUUCACAAAGCAAUUCCCACGUUGCCAACUCUGGGGUUCAACACAGAGGCAUUGAGCUUCCACGGACUCACUUUGAAUCUGUGGGAUGUGGGGGGCCAAGACACAUUACGACCAUAUUGGCGUCACCAUUUCACAGGUACUCAAGGCAUCGUGUUUGUCAUCGACAGCUCCGACCACGAACGAAUCGACUUGGCCAAGGCAGAGCUGCAUGGUGUCUUGCACGACGAACAACUACGCGAUGCAUGUCUACUCGUCCUGCUAAACAAACAAGAUCUCGCAAAGAAUGACGUUGACAUCGCCAAGGAGCUCGCGCUCGACGAAGUGUGCCAGAUGCGAAAGUACUUAAUCCAGCCAACCGUUGCCACGACCGGGAAAGGAUUGGAAGAAGGCUUUUCGUGGCUGUGUGAGCACAUGACUCCGCUAUAACCACGCCACCCAACGAUACCUCAAAGCCACGUACGACGCAGCGUAGAAUAGGAUUAACGAUGUACACAGCGAGACGAAGGACGCUGCGCAUCGUUCCUGUGAUGAGCAAUGGAUCUUUCAUUGCUGAUGCUGCUGAGGUGCAUGAACGUCCUGAUUUUCAACAACUUUUCCCA